ACGAAACGAGAGGAGUAAAACGAGUAUAGAGGGUCACCGUUGACAGCCCAUGUCGGUGUCUUCCUCCCUUCUUUCCUCCCCUUCCACCACCAAACCCUAGAGAGAGAGAGAGAGAGAGAGAGAGAGAGAGCGUCCGGUGGGCGGAGGAAAAGAUCUCCCAUUCUCUCUAAAAUUCCCAUUUCUACCGCCUGCUUUUCACCCCGAAUUUUCGAGGGCGUGCCAUCGAUCAUGGCGCUCAACAUGAAGACCUGGACCCAGGCGCUGGCCAAGACAGCGGCGGUGAUCGAGAAAACGGUACAGACCACGGUCCAGGAGGUGACCGGGCCGCGGCCGCUCCAGGACUACGACCUCCUGGACCCGAUCGGCUCCGGCGGGCCGGGCAUGGCCUGGCGGCUCUUCGCCGGCCGGCCCCGCCCGUCCGCCCCCUCGACCCAGUACCCGCUCGUCUGCGUCUGGGUCCUCGACAAGCGUGCCCUCGCCGAGGCCCGCGCCCGUGCCGGCCUCUCCAAGGCGGCCGAGGACGCCUUCCUCGACCUCCUUCGCGCCGACGCCACCCGCCUCGUCCGCCUCCGCCACCCGGGCGUCGUCCACAUCGUCCAGGCCCUCGAUGAGAGCAAGAACGCGAUGGCCAUGGUUACCGAGCCUCUCUUCGCGUCUGUCGCCAACGCCCUUGGCAACCACGACAACAUCCCCAAGGUCCCCAAGGAGCUUAGGGGCAUGGAGAUGGGGCUCUUGGAGGUCAAACAUGGGUUACUCCAGAUUGCAGAAACCUUAGAUUUUCUUCAUAACAAUGCUCACCUUGUACAUCGAGCUAUAUCUCCUGAGACAGUCUUUAUAACUGCAAGUGGAGCUUGGAAGCUUGGUGGGUUUGGUUUUGCCGUCUCUAUUGACCAGGUCUCAGGUGGUUUGACAUCCAUGCAGCAGUUUCAUUAUCCGGAGUAUGACGUUGAGGAUUCCAUGUUACCCCUUCAACCAUCUCUAAAUUAUACUGCUCCAGAAUUGGUUCGCGGCAAAGCACCCACUGCAGGAUAUUCUUCUGACAUUUUCAGUCUUGGAUGCCUCGCGUACCAUUUGGUUGCCCGCAAGCCACUUUUGGAUUGUCAUAACAAUGUUAAGAUGUACACAAAUAGCUUGACAUACUUAACAAGUGAAGCAUUCUCAGUCAUUCCUCCGGAGCUGAUUGUGGACUUGCAGAGUAUGUUAUCUGUGGAUGAGGCAGCUAGGCCAAGCGCUUCGGAUUUCACAGGUUCUUCUUUUUUCCGGCUUGAUACUAGGUUGCGUGCUCUUCGUUUCCUGGACCAUAUGCUUGAAAGAGAUAAUAUGCAGAAGACUGAGUUUCUAAAGGCAUUAUCUGAUAUGUGGAAAGAUUUUGAUGCUCGUGUGCUGCGGUAUAAGGUUCUUCCACCUCUUUGUGCUGAGCUGCGAAAUAUGGUUAUGCAGCCAAUGAUUUUACCCAUGGUUCUCACAAUAGCCGAUUCUCAGGAUAAGGAUGAUUUUGAGAUUUCAACAUUGCCUGCACUUGUCCCAGUUUUUAGUUCUGCAUCAGGAGAAACACUUCUUCUGCUUGUGAGGCAUGCAGAGUUGAUUAUUAACAAGGCAAGUCAAGAACACUUGAUAUUGAACGUCCUCCCCUUGCUUGUUCGGGCGUAUGAUGAUACAGAUGCUCGUAUACAAGAAGAGGUAUUGCGGAGAACUGUUCCCCUUGCAAGGCAACUUGACAUGCAGAUAGUGAAGCAAGCUAUCUUGCCUCGUGUUCAUGGCUUGGCUCUAAAGACUACUAUUGCUGCGGUGCGGGUGAAUGCCCUGCGUUGCUUUGGAGAUAUGGUUACCUCUCUUGACAAACAUGCAGUUUUAGACAUAUUGCAAACAAUUCAACGUUGUACUGCUGUUGACCGGUCUGCACCCACACUUAUGUGUACCCUAGGAGUGGCAAAUUCCAUUUAUAAACAGUAUGGCAUAGAAUUUACUUUAGAGCAUGUACUUCCUUUGCUCUUCCCUCUGCUUACCUCCCAACAGUUGAAUAUCCAGCAAUUUGCCAAAUACAUGCUGUUUGUCAAAGAUAUUCUAAGAAAGAUUGAGGAAAAACGAGGUGUGACAGUGACUGAUUCUGGAACUCCUGAAGUCUCAGCAUCAUCUUUAUCUAACGGGCUUCAUUCUGAAUCAUUAGAAAGAUCAACUGGACAGACAGCAAAGAGCAGCCCGGCGUGGGAUGAGGACUGGGGUCCCAGAACAAAGAAAACUGCCACUUCUUCUCAAUCUUUAGAGUCAAACAUACAAUCCAAGCAGCCAUUACCAAGUUCACAGCCUAUACUGGCUAUAGCUCCUUCAUUGCAAUCUCUCACACUGACACCUACCCAGCAAACACCCACUGCAUGUACUCCAGUUGACAUUGAGUGGCCUCCAUCAAAUUCUUCGACUGGCUUCAGCACACAGCAAGUUAAUGAGAAGCAGAACUCAGGAGGUCCUGAUGGUGCUUUUGAUGAUUUAGAUCCUUUUGCCAAUUGGCCACCCAAGCCAAGCAAUUCAGCCAGCAGUUUAGGGUCUCUGACUAAGUCAAGUCACACUCAUGGAAUUUCAUCCAACACUAGCAGCGCAGGAUUGUGGAGCAACAGCAAUCCUCUUGGGCAGUCAAAACCUUAUCAGGGAAGCUCGGUCUCAAAUACAAACAACCUAAGUGGUUUGGGCUUGAAUUCUCAAACACUUGGUCAGUUGAAGCAGGGAAAUUCAGGAUCAAGUUUUGGAAAUUCAAUGUCGACUUUGGGUAUGGGGUCCCAUAAUUCUAGUGUUGGUCAAUCUGCUGGUAAAGCAACAGGUGACCUUGGAUCCAUUUUUUCCUCAUCAAACAAUGGGCAGCCUAUGCCAAAGCUUGCACCGCCUCCCACCAGUGCCAUUGGAAGAGGACGGGGUAGAAACCAAGGGCGUUCGGGGCUCCCAAAAGCAUCACGAUCUGGCCAUUCCAAAGUAUCGUCAGAUCAACCGCCUCUUUUGGAUUUGCUGCAAUGAAACCUCUAUUCACUCUUUUUUGUUUGAAACUGGCAGACCAGCUUCCUUGGGUCGCUCAUUCCCUUGAGAUAGCAUCUAGUAACAUAUCCAGACUGCAGGUCAUGGAUAUUGUUGAAUUUUCUUCCUAGCGAGUUCCAUGGUCAUAUCUAAUGAAAUGCAAACAUACACGGCAAUGUGAUGGUGCCUGUUGAUAUUAUGUGUUCGUUGGAAGUGCUCCAGCCCCUUUGCCGGGUCAUUGGUGAUAAUAAAGGAAGUCUGCAUGGAACCAUUUUCUCUUCUUUAGUGUGAGAGAUCUGAUUGAGCAUGGAAAGAGGCUACUUCUAUUGUAGUUUUAUGCAUUUUUUCCACUGGUGUAGAUCUUCCAACUGUCCAGCAUAAAUGGAAACUCACAGUAACUUGAAUGAGGUUAUACUGUUGAACAGUUUGUUAGGAGAGAAAUUGUAUAGUGCUUCAGUUUGUAAUUUUGAAUGGAAACUGUUGGAAGCUUUGUGCGUCAAGAAUGUAAUUAUAGACAAACAAAACAAAUAGAGUUGCUUUGUACGGCACCAAUUUAAUAAUUUGCCUUUUACUGCUA